UUUCUAUUUCGAUUCGUCACUCUGUGUGUGUGUGUUUUGGGCCUAACGAUUCAAACGUUGAGAAGUGUAGGAUAGCAUACUUACCAUGGCUGAAAAUAAACCCAAUCCUGAUGAUCUUUCAACAGCUAUUUUAAAAACAAAACAAAAACCUAAUCGAUUGUUAGUAGAAGAAGCAGUAAGUGAUGACAACUCUGUUGUGGCCUUAUCUCAGGCAAAAAUGGAUGAACUUGAACUGUUUCGAGGAGACACUGUGCUUAUGAAAGGGAAGAAGAGAAGAGAAACAGUUUGUAUUGUACUAUCAGAUGAUACUUGUUCAAAUGAAAAGAUUCGCAUGAAUCGUUGUAUUAGAAAUAAUCUGCGAGUCAGAUUAGGAGAUAUUGUUAGUGUUCAAGCUUGUCCAGAUGUAAAGUACGGAAAACGAAUACAUGUUCUUCCUAUUGAUGACACUGUAGAAGGUUUGACAGGGAGUCUUUUUGAAGUAUACCUGAAACCAUACUUUUUGGAGGCUUACCGACCUAUUCAUAAAGGAGACCUGUUUGGAAUCAGAGGUGGAAUGCGUGCAGUAGAGUUCAAAGUUGUAGAAACUGAUCCUAGUCCAUAUUGUAUUGUUGCUCCUGAUACUGUUAUUCACUGUGAAGGUGAACCCAUUAAAAGAGAGGAGGAAGAAGAGACUCUAAAUGCUGUUGGUUACGAUGAUAUUGGAGGUUGCCGAAAGCAGCUAGCACAAAUAAAAGAAAUGGUGGAACUGCCUCUCCGACACCCAAGCUUAUUCAAAGCUAUUGGGGUGAAACCUCCAAGAGGAAUAUUGCUGUAUGGUCCGCCAGGAACGGGAAAGACUUUGAUUGCUCGUGCAGUUGCAAAUGAAACAGGGGCCUUUUUUUUCCUUAUCAAUGGGCCAGAAAUCAUGAGUAAGUUAGCUGGUGAGUCAGAGAGUAACCUUAGAAAAGCUUUUGAAGAAGCUGAAAAAAACUCCCCUUCUAUUAUCUUCAUUGAUGAGCUUGAUGCAAUAGCACCAAAAAGAGAAAAGACCCAUGGAGAAGUGGAAAGACGCAUUGUUUCACAGCUUCUCACACUAAUGGAUGGUUUGAAACAACGUUCCCAUGUCAUUGUUAUGGCAGCAACGAAUCGCCCAAAUAGUAUUGAUUCUGCCCUUCGACGUUUUGGACGGUUUGACCGUGAAGUGGAUAUAGGCAUUCCUGAUUGUACAGGAAGAUUAGAAAUUCUUCGUAUCCACACAAAGAACAUGAAACUGGGAGAUGAUGUUGAUUUGGAAAAGAUUGCUGCAGAGACUCAUGGUUUUGUAGGUUCGGACCUGGCUGCCUUGUGUUCUGAAGCAGCCUUGCAGCAAAUCAGAGAAAAGAUGGAUCUGAUUGACCUAGAAGAUGAACAAAUUGAUGCAGAAGUGUUAAACUCUCUAGCUGUGACUAUGGAGAAUUUUCGAUGGGCUCUAGGGAAGAGUUCUCCAAGUGCUCUUCGUGAAACAGUAGUAGAAGUUCCUAAUGUCACAUGGGAAGAUAUCGGUGGUCUAGAAAAUGUCAAGAAAGAACUGCAAGAAAUGAUACAGUAUCCAGUAGAAUUUCCUGACAAAUUUUUGAAGUUUGGAAUGACUCCUUCUAAAGGGGUACUGUUUUAUGGGCCCCCUGGAUGUGGUAAAACACUUUUAGCCAAAGCAAUUGCUAAUGAAUGUCAGGCUAACUUUAUUUCCAUCAAAGGGCCAGAACUUCUGACAAUGUGGUUUGGAGAAUCAGAAGCCAAUGUUCGAGAUGUUUUUGAUAAGGCAAGAGCUGCUGCUCCAUGUGUGUUAUUCUUUGACGAGUUGGAUUCCAUUGCCAAAGCAAGGGGAGGAAGCAUCGGAGAUGCUGGUGGUGCAGCAGAUCGGGUGAUUAACCAAAUUUUGACAGAAAUGGAUGGCAUGAGUUCCAAGAAGAAUGUUUUUAUCAUUGGGGCAACUAACAGACCUGACAUCAUUGAUCCAGCCAUCCUCAGACCUGGUAGAUUGGAUCAGUUAAUUUAUAUCCCCUUGCCUGACGGGAAGUCCAGAGUUUCCAUUCUCCAAGCUAAUGUUAGAAAGUCACCUGUAUCAAAGGAUGUAGAUCUGGGCUAUAUUGCUAAGGUUUCACAAGGAUUUAGUGGUGCUGACCUGACAGAGAUCUGUCAGCGAGCUUGUAAACUGGCCAUCAGAGAAAGCAUUGAAGCUGAAAUUCGUAAAGAAAAGGAACGAGCACAGAAUGACACUGCAAUGGAUGUGGAAGAGUCUGACCCUGUUCCAGAAAUUCGAAGGGAUCACUUUGAAGAAGCAAUGAAGUUUGCACGCCGAUCAGUUAGUGAUAAUGACAUCAGAAAAUAUGAAAUGUUCUCCCAAACGCUUCAGCAGAGCCGUGGCUUUGGCACAAACUUUAGAUUUCCAAGUGCACAACCAUCAGGGUCUGGGGGAUCUCAGGGGCCUGAGCAGGGGAACUUCCAAGAUGACGGGGAUGAUGAUUUAUACAGCUAAGAACAUUGUUCAUGUCUCAUGUCUUAAAAAUAAAUGCUAAAAUAAAUUUAAAAACGGCAAAAGGAUUUUAGUAAUUUAAUUCUUUUGUUGCUGUCUAGCAUGCAGAAGGAGUCUGAAUAUAUUAGGAUCAUUUUGCACAUGGACUGAGGUGAAGAGCCUUUUUUGUUCUUUACAGCUGCAUGAUAGGCAUUAACGAGAAAUACUAGAAUGUGUUUAACUCCAUUAUCCUUAUCAAACACCAAUACAAAAUUAUUUUUUAUUUGAAGGAUUUUUCAGUAGGUAGAAUUAUUCUCUUUCAACUUAUUGGAUUUUACAUUUUACAAGUCAGCUGUUCUGUUUCUUCUUUCUUUUUUUUUUUUUUGUUAAAACUGGUUAAGUCAUUGAAGUAAAAAUAAAGCACUUAUUUCAGUCACAAAGUGAUA